AUGGAAAAUUUAAACACAAAUGUAUCAUCAUUAUCAGCUGGUCUAGAAGAUCAAUUUAUUUCAUUGUUACAACAAGGAAUGGCUUUUUCGGAAGAAACAAAACUCGAUGCCAAAUUUUACGACCAAGUUUGGUCAGCCUCGGAUUUGAAUCCUGAUAGAAUCACAAGUGAACUGAAGAAAUUGUUCACUUACAAUCAAACUGAAACAGAGCUUCACAACUUUUCCGAUAGCUAUUUUGAUUUUAAUCAAUCGUAUGCGCAAUCAUCAUCAAGCUCAGGAGGAGGCGGCUUAAGUAUUUUUGGCAUCGGUUCUGUUGGCGGUAAUGGUGCAUCGUCAAGUUCAUCAGCAAAUCAUCUGUUAACGACGACACAGUUAGUAUUUUCACAAACAGAAAUCCAAAAAUUCCUCACUCAAGAAUCCAUUGAAACUGCAUGGACGGGUGAAAAAUUCAUACCCAAAUCAUUCGCUGUUUACAGACUAACUGAUAUCACCGAUCGACUUCAAGUUGCAAUCAUUGCAAAACAGCUCAUUGCCGACAAAGGGAAUGGUGCUAUUGUUCGUACAGUCAAUACCAGAAGUACAGCAUCAUCCACGUUUGAUCGAUACUCGUGGCCGCUUAUAGGUGAGAUUAAACUUUACUCAAGCAAUGAAUCGUCUCUACCACGUCAUUGGGUAUUCUGUCAUGGACAAGUUCUCUCUCGUGUCGAAUAUCAGCGUUUAUUUUUUGUCAUCGGGGAAACAUUUGGGGCUGGAGAUGGAAUAACUACUUUUAAUGUGCCAGAUUUUCGUGGCCGCUUUCCGCUAGGUCUCGAUUUGACACGAAACCAGAAAGCCACUAUGGAUAAAGGUGGUAGUGCAACACAAACAUUAACAAUCGAUCAAAUGCCUGCUCAUGAGCACGGUAAAGGUACAUUAACCACCGUGAUCGCAGGUAGCCAUACUCAUGCUGUCAACGAUCCGGGGCAUAAUCAUGGAGGCCAAACGGAUGUAAGGCAGGGUGGUGCUGGUGGAUGGAAUCUGAAAGGCAACGGCCAAGGCCCCUUUGAUGACUGGGCAACACAUGCACAUACUAUUCCGACUGGGCAAACUGGAAUAUGGCUUUCAGCUGAUGGUACCCAUUCACAUUCAAUUGACGGCUCGACAGAAUCGAUCGGAAGGGGACAACCGUUCAGCCUGAUUCCACCUUAUCAAGCCAUUGAGUAUAUUAUUUUCACUGGAGACUAUUGA